ACUUAACCACUGACCUACUAACACAGAUCCAUGAGUCAGUAGCCACCUUGAGAGGAAAAAGCCAAUGGAGGAAAGCUAGGUACUUCGCAAGUUGUAGGAUCUUAUCGAGUUAUUCCCUUAUUAGCUGAAGCGAAAUCUAAACUUCUUCCCUGUGCUUGAUACGCGGUGGAAAAGCAGACCAAACCCUCCAACCAGCCGGUAGAAAAAGCCAUCCUGACUGUAAGGGAGCCGGGAGGGACGAUUGAGUGAGAUUCAAUAUUUUUUUUGUUUGUUUGUUUUGGGAGGGGAGACGGAGAUUUCCUCAACUUAAGCGGAUUAAUCCAAUGUGGCAGUUACUAUAUGCAUACAAGCAUUAUGGUGUACAGUUAAAGACCUAUGAGAAUGUUGACAGUAGCCAACAGUGAUAAUAUGCAAUCAAUCAAGCAAGAGCUGGACUCCAGUGAGUCCUACAGUGGAGAGGAUGCCCUGGUCCUGGCUGUGGCCUUACAAGGGGCCAACACAGACCUGAUAGGCCACAAAAUCUCUGCAAUUCCGUUCAAGGCUAAAGCUACCUGUCGCAGGAAACGGGAGUUUAUCCCAGAGGAAAAGAAAGACACCCUUUACUGGGAGAGGCGUCGCAAGAACAAUGAGGCGGCCAAACGUUCCAGGGAGAAGCGGCGCAUAAAUGACAUGGUGCUUGAGAACAAGCUGAUGGCUCUUGGAGAGGAAAAUGCCUCCCUCAAGGCUGAGCUGCUGUCGUUGAAACUGAAGUUUGGCCUGGUGAGUUCGGCAGCAUAUGCUCAAGAAGUCCAGAAGUUAUCCAGCUCCACCGCUGUCAACCUCUACCAGGAGUUUGUUCCACCCAGUGCUGGCCAAGGUUCUUCCAACAGGGAUUUGGAGCCUCUUCGCCUGCGCAGCAGCUGCAUAUCAGUCAUCAAGCAUUCACCUCACAUGCCAGAGACAUGUACUGCAACUCAAGGUAGCUUUAGUAUCUGCAGGACUGCAGAGGUCAAGCAAGAACCAGCAGAGAAUGGCAGCUAUGCACAGGAGAGGAGCAGUCCCUAUGAACUCUACAGAAACUACAUGGCCAGUCCUUUGUCUGGAGUCUACUCCCAGCAUGCUUCAUUCCUGCAGAUCACCAGAUCAUCCAGUAACUCCCCCAGGAGCUCAGAUGAUGGUGCUGUAAGCAAAUCAUCAGAUGGUGAGGAUGAGCAGCAGGUCCCCAAAGGGUUAAUGCCAUCUGUAGCUGAUCCAAGAAGUGUCAUUGUUGCUACACACAAAGUGCCAGAUGCCAGUUCUUCAGCUUUGCCCCAUAAACUGCGGAUCAAAGCCAGAACCAUUCAAAUCAAAGUGGAGGCCAUCGACCCUGAAUACGAGUCUUCUGGAAAGACCUCUCCCAUCAGCAUUUCGGAGGGAGUAUGCUACCAGACCACUCAGGACUCUUCAGAGUACACCCAGUCCUCCCCGUGCCCUUUGUCAUUACAGGUCACCAACAUGCAAGACUGGACCCACCGGUCUGAGCAAUGGCAUAAAAGCAGCACAGAGACACUGCAUAAUGGCUGCAAGAGUAGCAGGCUAACCCCGAGCCCCAUCUCAAACAAAACGGUUGUGGUUGUAAAAGAAUCGUCCUAUGCACACUCGGAUGCUGAGGACUUGUAUCUAAAACAGGGCCUUGCCGACCUCUCUGCAAAAGUGGCCUCUCUGAAAAGACUGAUCAAAACACAGCAAGGGUCUGUGAUAGAGUCAACCAAAAGCACCGCUGAUCAUCAUGAGUCAUUAUCAAUAGGAUGUUCCUCUGAAUGACCUUUCAUAUGUUUUGCAUUUCCACUGUAUUUGCUGUUGCGCUGUGUGGUUAUUAGUGUUAAACAAUGUUUUGAUUACUGUAAAUUUUCAAAUUAAAGGUGUUUAUAUAAUGGCAGAGUCUCAAAUAAUAGCUGUUGGAGCAUGAACAAAGGCCGUUUGCUAAUAUAGGCGGAUUAAAAAAAACAUUUAGGAGGACGGUAGCUUGAUCAGGGAUGGAAAAAAUGGCAAAGUGAAAGCAACUGGAAUUAAUUGAUGAUUUUAAAAAAAACGCAUUUCUGUUGAGAGCAGCAGAGUGGUGCGUAUGACAUGACUCUUUUAUUGAUCAAGUUAGUGCUGAAAUGUACAUUAUACUACUCAGUAUAAUGCAUGUUCAACAGGUAAACAUGCAUUAACAGCAAAUUAAAACAGGCGCAGAUCAGAAAACAGGGAGACUUUUUAAUAAAAUAUGAUUAACUAUAGUUAUAAAACAGAGGAAAUUAGACUGUUUCUUAAAUAAACCUGUUUCAAAUAAACACCUGGUUAUCACUGCAGUAGAGGUAGCCCAAAUAAAGGAUUUGUGGGCACUAUUUGAGAAUUUACAGUUAAUUGUUAAUCAAUGAUGUGUCACCGACAUCAUUAAUUGUUACGUGUGAAGCUUUUAUUUGUCUUUUACCAAAUUAUUCAUGACUCUGUCACUGGGCUCUGCUCAUCAGUAUACACCUACUGUCACUGAACACUGUUCUGCUUUGAUUUUGAAGCAGCUGGAAAAGGCCCCAGUUAUUAACGGCUCGCUCCAGCCUGCCCUGCUGCCGCUAUCGUUACAUGUUCGGCUGGGGGACAGUUUGGCAAAUGUUGCCAUAGGUUUGCAGUCUGGCCAUUCUUUGCCUUAAAACUGAAAUCUGUAAUGUUUUUAAUAAUGUAGUUUUGUAUCCAUUUGUAUGUUGGUGUGGUGACAGGUUUACAGUGGCUGGAGUCCAUACUUCUGCUUUAGAGGAAUGUCUGGUAGUGCUUUAUUUCAUGGGUUUGUAAUUUCGUAAUAAUUUCCCAAUAAUCUUUUAAGACAUUUCCUGGAAUAAACUAUGUAAUUUGGUACUAAUUAUGGGGAAAAUAGAUGUUUAAUACUUAAUUAAAAUUAACUUCUAAUGUAGAGAUUCUUUAGUCAGUGCACAGCAGGUCAGUUGAACAUGGAGUUUGUCUACAGACAAACAUAUAUGGAGAAUAAAGUUUCCAAUAAUAAAUGAAUAAUGAAUGAUACUUACUGGAGUUUAAAUUGAACUUUUCUUUUAAGGACAUUCUUAUUUUCCCUAUAAUUAAUAUCAAAUUACAUAGUUCUUUUCAAGAAACUUUCUAGGAAUCUAUUAGAAAAUGACGGACCAUAAAAUACAGCAUUUCUGUUCUCUCUUGUCCUGGUUGACUAAGUUAAUGCCUACCUUCAUCAUUUCAGUAAUUAAUACUGUAUUCUUGUAUAUGUUGCAGCCAAUGACAUUGUCACUGCAUUCCAACAGUGAGCUGAAACAACUUCACAGACACCACACUACACGCUUCAUUGUCUCUGCUGUAGUUUAAAAAAAGCAGAAAGUUUCAGUUUAGCGUAACGUUUAAAUAGGCUCUGCUACAUUCACUGGUUCACUAUUUGCCAAAUAGUCAUUGCUUCUCUUUUAUUUUUAGUCGACUUUUGUUGAUUAUUUAAACCUUCCAGGCCGCUGGUUAAACCGAGAACGUGUUUGACACUGACUGGAGAAUGGUGACUACCAUCUGAUUGAACUGACAAGAGUAACUGGAUUUUAUAAAUCUCUGACAUAUAUUCUGACACAUUCUAUCCUCAAAUGUUCGCAAUUUAUAGAAAAUAAACAGCAUUCAGCAUUAUACCCUUACAGUUCUUCUAAUUAUAAUAUUAAAUGUUAAGAAAUCCAGAACUGUCAGGGUUUCAUCCAAUGCCUUAUUUAUUCAUUUCUUCUAGCUAUUUAGGUUGAUUACAUCAUACCUCGUGACCUUCUCUUUUUUCAAUGUAAAAAUGCUGACUUCAGUCAUCUCUAGUUGAUAUGAUGUCAAAUAAUGCAGUUAAUUUCAAAAGAAUGGUGUGUGCAUUUGUUGUCAUGGAUUGGAAUAUCUCAAUGAUGAUAAUGAUGGUGAUAACUCUAUUUGCCCAGCAGCCUGAAGUCCAGCUACCUGUAUCUGAACACUUUUCUCAAGAUUUAUUGUAAUGGUGAGUUUUUGUUUACAAUAAAUGUCUUGUCACUGAAACAUGUA